UUGUGCUUCACUGUUCCAACUUGUCAGUCAACUCAUGCCAGCACUCUCCACGUCUGCCUCUUCUACACACCCUCAUUACAUGUGUCUGUCUGGACUGAUCUGUUCAUCUGUUCAGGGACUCUCCCGACAAGUCAAAAAUUCUGCCUUCUCUCUGCUCUGGAAUUGGAUCAAAUCACCUCAGCAUUUUUUGUAGCCCCAUCAGGAGGCUUUUGUUUAUGGUCUCAUUCGGUUUUCCUCCACUACUUGUCUGUUUUUGAUUUCCAGAAUGGAGGAAGCUGAAUUGCUGAAGGAAAGAUUCCAGGCCAUAACAGACAAAAGAAAACUGCAAGAAGAAAUUACACAGAAACGUCGAAAAGUAGAAGAGGAAAAACUGAAGCACCAGCACUUAAAAAAAAAGGCCUUGCGAGAAAAAUGGCUUUUGGAUGGCCUUAGUUCUCUCACUCCAAAAGAGCAAGAAGAAAUGCAAAAGCAGAAUCGAGAGGACCAACAACGAACUCAUGAGCUGGAACAAGACAUCUUCAGACUGGAGAAGGAAAUUGAGGCCCUUGAAAAAGAGGAAAUGAAAGUCUCAGCUAAGGAAGAAUCUAUUUUAAAGAAACUUAAGUCAGUUGAGAAAACAACAGAAGACAUAAUAAAGUCAGUGAAGAUUGAAAAAGCAGGAGCUGAAGAAGAGGCAGCAGACUACAUAUAUGCCAGCAUACCUGACCUUCCCAAGUAUUUCAGACCUUCUGCACUGAAGAGGGCAGGACAUACUGUCACUGAUGAUGAAGAAAAGAGAAAAGCAUUGUUUGCAAUGGAAAUUAAAGUUGAAAAAGACAUGAAGACAGGAGAAAACACAGUGUUGUCAACAAUACCUCUUCCCUCGAAUGAGUUUACAGAGACAGGUAUUAAAGUCUAUGAUGAUGGUAGGAAGUCAGUCUAUGCAGUGUCCUCAAAUGGCAGCACAACACAAAAUGGGAUGGAUGAACUUGCUCCUGUUGAGGUGGAGGACCUUCUAAGGCAGGCAACUGAAAAAAAUUCCCAGUCUCCCACAGAGUAUCACGAGCCUGUGUUUGCAAACAAGUUUUGCAGACCAGUUACUCCUCAGAAAGACAAAUUAGUCCCCGGACUAAAACUGGAAGACACACAUAGAAGAGAGAUGAAUGGACUCAGUCAGACAGAAUUCUCUCCUAAGGGGGAACACUUCAUACAGCAACAUAAAGAGAACAGGCUUGGUCUUCCAAAGCCAACACCAAAGUCUCCCUCUCCAGAGCUUUCACAUUCAGAGAAGAAAGCACACACUAAUCCUGAGAACAGAAUGAUACAUAACGAAAAAGGAAAAGCUGCACAUGAGGAAUUAAAACCUUAUCAGAAUACAAUAGAAAGACAUAAUGAGACAAGGUUUUUACGCUCCUACCAUCAUAAUGAAACAUCCCCUGCACCUCAAGAUGAGGAAGAUGUUCAGUACAGGAUUGUCCAAGCUGUACCAUGUUACGUGGAUGACUCAGAACCAGUUACAAUGAUUUUCAUGGGUUAUCAGCGCAUUGAUGAUGAUGAUGCAGAAGCAGAUCAAAAGUUGUCAAGAUAUGAUGGGGUUAUCCGCGCAGAAUUAGUUAUUAUUGAUGACGACGAUGAUGACAACAGCAAAUCUGAGAAACCAUCAUAUCAUCCCGUAGGCCAUUAUAGUCAGGUUUAUCAGCCACCAAGCAGAAAAACCACAGAAGUGCCACAGAUGAACCCGAUGAGAAGCCUGGGCUCAAGCCUGAACAAGGCAACCCACAAGAACUCCAUCUCCCUACAAGAACAAGAGGAACGCUUAAGCUCACCUAUGCACCACAUUCAUCUUCAGAGUCAGGUAUCUGGAGAUGGUACUGAAGAUCCCUCAUUAACAGCUCUAAGGAUGAGAAUGGCAAAGCUGGGGAAAAAGGUGAUUUAACAGCUAUAAGAUGGAAGUAAAUUUCACUACUCAAAGCAGAAUAAAGCUAUGAAGAUUUUCUUCAACAUACCUUUUGGAUCUUAAUGCUUAAUGUUUUGUUCUUCUAUUUUAUGCAUCUGGGUUAUUUUGCCCAUUGCAUAACCCAAUGGACUCUAACAGACUUUUAGAUUCAGCCAGCUGCCACACACAAAUCAAAUCUUGUAUUUUGAAGGUAGUGGGAAGUUACCCAAGACUGUAAAUGCAGUGUAUAUCUAAGUGUGAAGAUGUGGGGACAGGUAUGCACGAUCAGGAAUACAUUGUUGCCAUAUACACAGAGCAGAUAAACAUCCCUCUCCAGGAACUUCACAGUAUAUCCUUUCAGUUUUAAACACACCUACUUUGACUUUUGAUUGAAAAUGUUUCAGUCAUUAAAAAAAAAAAAAAAGUUGUUUAAAAAACUAAGCAUAAGACAAAGUAGCAGGAAGAAGUGUAAAUAUAAAAGCUGGUUUCCAAGCUUCACAUCUUGGCCAAAAUUUAAAGCAUUCCUUUUUAAGUAACAGCAAAACAAUCCAAAAACAGCAAAAUCAGCAUUUACAUAUUUAGCCACCUUCUAGAGCACCCCAGUCUACCCACCCUUCUACUUCACGUAUGACAGUAUAGCCAUCAAAAGACCUUGCUCACUUCCCGAGACCACGUAUGACUCCCACCCAUAACCUCACAGAUCCUGCACAUAAUGCUGUAAACAGCUUGAUCUCCCAAGCACGGCUUCACCUCCUAGCUCGCUACAGAAAGCCCCACGUUUCCAGGAAGCUGGCUACCAGACAAGCAGCACCUGUCAGGCACUAAGAAGUAGUGCUUAGUACACAUUUCAGUUGGCCAGGGGAGCUAAAAUUAGUUCAAGGCCCCUUUCAGAAAUAGUGAGUUGCCAGUGACUUGUCCUGCAGCCACAACAGGUCUGCUGUAGGUGCAUCCACUGCUGGGCUUAGCUCUCCAGCAAGGUCCAUGACUCCCACCAAGCAACAUACUAAUUCUUUCCACAUGAGGGAGUAGCUAGGGAACUUAGAGCAGCCCUAAAGCACAACCACAUCUAGAAAAGUCAUGGGCAAGUCAGAUUUUUCCAGUACCUUCUUCUUGGGGAAGAAGUGCCUCAAAGCACUACAUCCUUAUAUUCAAAUCAUUAUGAUACUUUAUUUCAUUGGGUCUCAGGCUGGUUUGAAUGGCUAAGCAGAUAAAAAGCUCAGGUUGUAUUAUUCUUAUAUAGCUGACUCAGAAAUUAUGUACCAUCUAAAAGCAACUGUAACCUUCUGUUUGUCUUCCUUGUUUCAAAGCAGGCAACUAAAACUACUACCUCAUACUGAGGGUGGAUGGUAGUAAUCAGCUGACAUGUAGCCUCUAAACACUUGGUGGCUCCUAGUCUCAAGUAGAACAGUAAGUAGGAUAAUCUCAAAUUUUGGGAUUUGAGAGAUUGUUACCUGGAGAUUGGAAUAGUAGAUAAAAGUGAAUAAACUAUAUUACAUUUUCUCUAUGUCUA